AUGUCUCGCCUUCUGCAACAAGGCAAGGAUGUUUUGAGUUCUCCAAAAACCCUCAAAGUCAUAGCGCAAGAUACCAGCGAUCAAGGCGAAGUACGUUAUAACAAAGACCUCCUUCCCAGUCCUCCUGAAGAUCGGAGAUGGCGCUGGCAACAUUACUUUGCAUACUAUCUGACCAUGACAUUCAGUCCAUCCUCGUACAACCUCGGCGCAUCUCUUGUCUCAAUCGGUUUACUCUGGUGGCACGGCAUGAUUGCUGCUAUCAUCGGCUCCGCCAUUCUCACCGUUCUGGUUGUGCUCAAUAGUCGCGGCGCUGUCAAGUACUUUCUUGGCUUCCCUGUGUAUGUCCGCGCAGCUGCUGGCGUCAGGGGAGCGAGUUUGUAUAUCGUCGUACGAGCUGUGGUUGCAAUCAUUUAUUUUGCGACGCAGACCUACUAUGGAGGCCGUAUCACGUCGGUGUUCAUGCGGGGUAUAUUUGGAAAGGGUUACAAUGAUAUACCAAACCGCCUCCCAGAGAGUGCGGGGAUCACGAGUAGAGAUUUGCUGAGCUUCUUCUUGUUUUGGAUGGCGCAACUACCAGUCAUGUUCAUUCAUCCCACGGUACUUCGACACCUCUUUGUUGUCAAAGCUAUCUAUACAACGAUUGCACUCUUCGGGGUGCUCGCUUGGGUAAUCAGUGCCAAUGGGGGCAAAAUUGGAAGUUUUACGUACACGACCAAGCAGACUCAGCUCUCGGGCUCAGCUCUGAUCUGGCCCAUGAUACAAGCCAUCAAUUCCGUUAUGGGCGCUCUGGCGCCAGUGCUUAUCAAUCAGCCUGAUAUAGCGCGAUACGGACAUUCCUACGGCGAUGUGACAUGGAGCCAGGGCUUCGGUAUUCUUACCAGUAAAGUACUGGUCAUGUUCCUGAGUACCGCAACGACUGCAGCCGCUACACAAGUCCUUGGCCAAAGCUAUUGGAACGUAUGGGAUCUCUACGACGCCAUCUUGGAUCAAUAUUGGACUGCUGGAGCUAGAGCAGGGAUAGUAUUUGCGUCUUUCGGUAUGAUGCUCGCUGUACUUGUCACCAAUGCAGGAAGCAACUCGCUUCCCGUUGGUGCCGAUCUUACAGGAAUCUUCCCUCGAUGGUUGACCAUUGUGCGGGGCCAGGUACUCUGCGCAAUUCUGGCACCCUUACUUGUUCCAUGGAAGAUUAUCGCCUCGGCGACUGCGUUCUUGACAUUCCUCGGAAGUUACACUGUAUUUCUGAUGCCGAUCUGCGCGUGCAUGAUUGUCGACUACUGGCUCGUUCGAAAGGGUAACUUGCAUGUUCCCUCAUUGUACACGACUGCAUCCGAAAGCCCGUACUCGUACUGCAAAGGCUGGAAUAUGCGCAUGCUGGCUGCGUGGACAGCUGGGGUUGCCUUCACGGUCCAUGGCGUCGCAGGGUCUUUGGAUGCUGAUUCUGUCGCCGAGGCUAGCAAGAAUAUGUACAAGCUUGGCUUUCUACUAUCUCUGUUCAUGGGCGGCUUGGUUUAUUACAGCUUGUGCCUCAUCUGGCCGGUGAAAAUGGUGCCUCGAGGGGCAGGGGGAGAGCUGGGGUUUGAAGCGUUGGCAGCGAACGAAGGUUUCUUCGACGACGAGAAUGUAGGAACUAUCACGGGCGUACGGGAAGGCGAAGAAGUGCAUGGGACGCAGCACGGCGCUGCGGAUAGCAAAGGGUUUGUCUGUUAA